UUGUGAAGCUCCAACGAAAGCGUCGGCCGGCGUGUGCCUUCCACCUGUAUACAAACGUGAAGCAUGGGUGCAGUGUGUUGCAGAUGAGAGCGGCAACGGUGUCUUCCCAGCAGCAGGAGCACAGGUUUCUGCGCCGGAGAGAGAAGAGCUUCAGCUAAAGAAGGAUGCUUCAUGUCAAACUGACUUUCAAGGCGUCAGACAGACAUGGGUCAAGCAGCCAUGGCAGGAGCUUGCUAACCCUCUCAAAAGGAGCUCCCUCACAGAAGCUUCACCUGAAGCUGUGAAGUGCUACCGCAUGUACCUGCAGGAACAGAAACUGCAGUUGCAGAAGAAACUGUACCAUUCUAAAGCUAAGCUGCAGGAAUUAAGAGAAAGGCAUAUCCGGACUGAGCGUUAUGCCGAGUACCUGAGGAAUGCCCUCAAGUGGAAGGAGAUGGAACUAACUUUCAGGAACCUGCAGGUCCUUCUGGUCACAUAUUUUGGAACUGCGGCUAUCCCAGAGCUGGAAGACCGCAUACAACGGCUCCAAGGUCAACAGGCCAGGCUGGAAGCCACAGUCCAGCAACAAGCAAAGACCAUUGAAGCCCUUCGGAAAAAACUGCAAGCCUGUGCCUCAUCUCAUAAUGGCCUGGAGGACUUGGUAACUGGCUUUCAGACAACACGGACUGCAAAGGAACACCAAUGUCGGCAGCGUGGGAGCGAAAGCAAGGAAGUAAAGAAGCUGGGCAAGACAAAAUGCCGAUCGGAAGCGCUUCCGGAUGAAGUGUGGAAAAGAAAAGCCGCACUGGAGGAAGAACAGACCAGGUUGAAGAUGCUUCUGCAGAUGUCUUCGACAAGCCCGACUGCGUCUGCAGCGAGAAGGAGAAAGUCCCAGCUCAGUUUCCGGGGAGAGAUGAAGAAAGUUGUUCCGAACUGACUAACUAAAUUGUCACAGCCGAACCUCCAACGCGGUUAACGAUGAGAAGAUGCUGGAGCGGAGGAAGAAGUGCCAGUGCCAGAAAAGAGUGCUCCCAGGGAGACGCACGAAGCCUGGAAACCUUUGCCUUCCACCCUGUGCACCCACCACCCCACCUAUAAUUACAAGUGUUCUGUUGCAGUGUGGUAUUUAAUAAACUCUGUCACCUA